AUGUCAGCAGCAAAAAGAGUACAGCAAUGGGCAACGUUUGCACGCACGUGGCACAUCUUUGACUGCAAAUGGCAGGAUCCCUAUCAAUCCGCCGAGGUUAUUAAGAAAUACUUGUUGGGAAUGCACAAGCCCAUCUAUCAUCCAAUGAAUGAUUGUGGCGAUGUAGUCGUUUGUAUUAAUAGCAGAGAUAUUGCUCUUCGUGGCAAUGACUGGAAACAACGUGCGUACUUUCAUCAUACUGGAUACCCUGGAGGUGCAUCAUGGACAUUAGCUUGGGAAGUUCACAAUAAAGAUCCGACUAUGAUUAUUAAAAAAGCAGUAUACAAAGCAAUGAGAGGUAAUUUGCAAAGACGUCACACUAUGCAGAGACUGUUCAUUUUUCCUGGUGAAGAAAUACCUGAAGAUGUGUCACAAAAUGUCACAAGUCAGAUCCGUCAGUUACGCUUAGUUCCCACCAGACUUGAUCAUAUUCCAGAAGAGGAAAUCAAACAGUUCCCUAAGGUCAUGGAUUACCCUGAAGAGUAUGUGUUGAAA